AUGAACCGUCCUAUUCAAGUCAAACCGGCGGACAGUGAAAACCGCGGAGACAGAAAGCUGUUCGUGGGAAUGCUCAGCAAGCAACAAACUGAAGACGAUGUACGUCAGUUAUUCAAUGCUUUUGGCACAAUAGAAGAGUGCACCAUUCUUCGAGGUCCCGACGGAACUAGCAGAGGUUGCGCAUUUAUUAAAUUCUCAACGCACCAAGAAGCACAAGGAGCGAUCAAUUCUCUGCACGGUAGCCAAACUAUGCCGGGUGCGUCAUCCAGCGUAGUAGUAAAAUUCGCGGACACUGAAAAAGAGAGACAGUUAAGACGCAUGCAGCAAAUGGCCGGGAACAUGAGCCUUAUUAACCCUUUCGUCUUCAACCAAUUCGGUCCUUACGGCGCUUAUGCCCAGCAGCAAGCAGCGCUGAUGGCAGCCGCGACGGCGCAGGGAACGUACAUCGGUCCGAUGGCGGCCCUCGCUGCUGGACAACUUCCCCACGCCCUCAACGGCAUGCCUAACACCGUCGUGCCGCCCACCUCUGGCUUGGUCGUAGGUACCGGCACAGGCCAACCAGUGAAUGGGACCCUACCCUCGCUGCCCUCCCCGACGAUGCCUAACUUCAACAUGGCCGCUCAGACACCGAACGGACAGCCGGCCGGCUCCGAUCCUGGCGUCUAUACCAACGGCAUACCCCAGACCUACACAGGACAUGCCCUUCAUCUAUCUAUUCCAGCGCAAGGUCUGCCCAACGGGGAGGCGGCACUCCAGCACGCCGCAGCGUAUCCGGGGAUGCAGGCGUACCACGGCGUUGCGUAUCCUGCCGUCUACGGCCAGUUUCCUCAAGCCAUUCCCCAGCCGAUGACAACAGUCGCACCACAACAGAGGGAGGGAUGCUCUAUAUCAGGACCCGAAGGCUGCAACCUCUUUAUCUACCACCUGCCCCAGGAGUUCGGGGAUUCCGAGCUCAUGCAGAUGUUCAUCCCCUUUGGGAACGUCAUCUCCUCCAAGGUCUUCAUUGACCGCGCCACCAAUCAGAGCAAGUGCUUUGGUUUCGUAUCCUUCGACAAUCAGGCAUGCGCACAAUCGGCUAUCCAGGCGAUGAACGGCUUCCAAAUAGGAAUGAAACGGUUAAAAGUUCAACUAAAGAGGCCCAAGGAUGCCAGCAGGCCGUACUAACCCACGUCCGAGCCAAGACAAGCUUGCCGGGUCAUGCCAUAUGUUAUAACCUAUAAAAUAUCGCACGAAAAUAUGAGUUCACUGGAUACUCGGACAUAAGAAUGAAGAGUUUGAACCACUGCUACAACGCUUUCAACCGUAAAUAUCUAGUAUACUAGUUAGUUAAUUUUAUAGGAUUAAAAGAAGAUUAAAAAUAUAGAGGUCAUAGUAACAAGAAGAAGGAACUGUUACUAGAAUGAGGACAACUGUGAUAGGACACCUCAUAACUACUGCAUCAAUGAUGAAAGAGCAAAGAAUUUCUUUAAA